UCUUACACUCAUUAGUUUUGCUAUUCAUGCAUCCAUACAUUUGUACAAACAUAUAGAAAGACGUGUGUGUGUCUCUGUCUCGUGUCACUUAUGGACUUCAAAAAUAAAUAAUCAAGAGCAUAUCUCAUCUAACUUGGAGUCCCCAUCUAAGCAAAGAAAUGAAGUCCAUCUCUGCCAUGUUUGUAGUCUUCUCUGUUCUCCUGAUUGUGAACCUCAGCCAUGGAAGAAAGGACAUGGGAGGCUAUUGGAAGAAUGUGAUGAAUGGCCAGCCUAUGCCUGAAGUGGUUAAAGACCUUAUUCAAGAUCCACAUGCAUCAGAUGCAGGAAAAGAUCAUUUUAUCAGGGACUUUGAUAUAAAGCCUAAUAAUGUUUCAAUAUUUCACACACAUGUGGUGCCAACAAGCAGGAGCAGAAGGCAUUUGACUAGAAAUUUGAACUAGUUGCUCAAGGUUCUUAAAGUCAUGGUUGAACAAACUAUCAAAAUGAGUUGAAACUGUUAGAAACAAACAAGAAAAUUGAGUCCAAAUAUUAUGUAUUAGUAUGUUGCAAUAAGGCAUGAGCAAUUAUGAUUAAGGUGCAGCAAUUGAUGAAAGCUUAAGCCACAUGUGUUUCCAUAUCUGUGGUACUUGGCUCUAGUCUUGUAUUAAGUAUCUCAACUAAUAAAAUCAUCUUUGUCUAUGC